AUGACAUUGAACAGCUUCGCUAAGGGUGGGGACGGCGGGGGGCCGUCGGAGUGCGACAACAAGUAUCAUCCGGAUGACGAAAUGGUGGUCGCGUUGUCGACGGGGUGGUUCGACGGGAUGAGCCGGUGCCUGAAGAAUAUCAGGAUAAAUGCGAACGGGAACUCCGUGCUCGCGAAGGUCGUCGACGAGUGCGACUCCGUGAACGGGUGCGACAAAGACCACGACUUCCAGCCGCCGUGCGCGAAUAACAUCGUGGACGCUUCGCCGGCCGUGUGGAAGGCGCUGGGGAUCCCGAAAAAGGUCGGAGAGUACAGCAUCACCUGGUCGGACGCCUGAUCGAUCGGUCGAUUGAGUUGCAUCGACGUGCACUCUUGUGCAUGCACUUUGAUGCACAAGAGUGCACGUAAUAUAAUUCGUAUACUUUGUUGUUUGCAUUACGUUGAGCUUAAUUGUUGCUUAUGUAUGUACGAGUGUGGUGUGUUGUAUUAAUUUGUUGUCACUGUACAUUUGUUUGAUGAGUAUGCCGCAGUUAAUU